CAAAGUUCUCUCCGAGUAUUCUGCUCUAAAACCCUAGACGCCCCCUUCGCCCAUCGCCAAAAUCCUUGCCAUCGCCGGUCGCUGAAUCCGACGUUGCCGGAUGCCGAGGCCUGAGCUGCAGGCGCCGCCGGAGAUCUUCUACAAUGAUGUGGAGGCUCGCAAGUACACCACCUCCUCUCGUAUUGUUGAAAUCCAGGCAAGGAUUUCUGAAAGGGCGUUGGAGCUUCUCAAUUUGCCCAACGAUGGGGUGCCCCGUCUGCUUCUCGACAUAGGAUGUGGAUCAGGGCUUAGUGGUGAGACCAUGUCAGAACAUGGGCAUCAUUGGAUUGGCUAUGACAUUUCACCUUCCAUGCUUAAUGUUGCCCUGGAUCGGGAGGUGGACGGUGAUCUUCUUCUUGCUGAUAUCGGUCAGGGAUUAGGCUUGCGCCCUGGAGUCAUUGAUGGUGCUAUUAGCAUCUCGGCGGUUCAGUGGUUGUGUUACGCUGACAAAUCUUCUCAUGAACCAAGAAUGCGGCUAAAGGCUUUCUUUGGAUCAUUAUAUAGAUGUUUGGCUAGAGGAGCGAGAGCAGUUUUGCAGUUAUAUGCUGAAAACAUGGACCAGAGCGCAAUGAUUUUAACUUCUGCUAUGCGAGCUGGAUUUGGAGGGGGUGUGGUUGUCGACUAUCCACAUAGCUCAAAAGCAAAGAAGGCUUAUAUUGUUCUCACAUGUGGACCACCUUCUACACAAUCAUGGCUUCCAAAGGGCAAAGGUGAAGAUGACGAGAUGUGCACUGACAGUGAUGAGGAUAGUGAUGACGAGGAUCAAACGGUUGGCAUGUAUGAUCGGAGCCGACCUCGGAAGAAGAUGAAGGUGAAUAAGAAAGGGAAAGGGAGAGAAUGGGUACUGAAGAAAAAAGAUCAGAUGAGAAAGAAAGGAAAUGUAGUACCUCCCGACACUAAAUACACUGCUCGGAAACGAAAGACUCGUUUUUAAUUAGAUGGUUUCUUGAUCAUAGUCUUUUGAUUGAAGCUGAAUUUUGUCUCCAUUGUUUUGUAACCUUUGUUCUGUUUUUAUUUUCCAUUCAAUUAUGUUUAUGUUGAAGCCUGUUUUUGAGUACAAGAAUACUGCUUUCUGUAUGAGUUUCUUAUGAAGGCAAUUGUUCUGUUUGAGUGACAACUUUUUGCAAAGGAGUCCAUUUGUUUUA